AUGACUAAUGCCAAUGGAGUCAAGUCACCGCUCAGCCCGAACGUGUUGCUACUGAAUCAGGGCAACUACCUCCUCAGCUGCAUGACUAUUCUUCGCGACAGCGAAACGGCCACGCCUGCUUUUUCAAAUGCCUUUGAGAAGGUGGCGACUCAGCUCAUAGUAGCAGCCCUUGAUCUUGUCCCGACAGAGGCUGCUCUUGUGAAGAGCCCGACGGGGGUAAACUAUGAUGGGCAGCGACAGUCCAGAGCCAUCUGUGGAGUCAGCAUUCUCCGUGCCGGCGCAAGUUUUGAGUCCGCCCUGAGAAAUGCAGCUACGGGCCCGUUGAGCUUUGGGAAAAUCCUCAUUCAGAGAAACGAGGAGACAAGCCUGCCCACACACAUCUAUUCCAAGCUUCCUGGAAGCAUCGCGUCCAACACGGUCCUAAUUCUGGAGCCGAUGCUGGCAACGGGCGGCUCUGCUGCCAAAGCCAUCAGUAUCCUCGAAGAAGCUGGCGUUCCCGAGGAAGAAAUUAUCUUUGUCAACGUGGUCGCGUCGCAGUAUGGAAUCAGGAAGGUCCUCGAGCAAUUCCCACGACUGAGAAUCGUGACAGCCGCAGUGGAUGAUGAUCUGACUGCAUCCAAGUAA